CCGCCACGGGGCGCAGUUACAGCGUACCAACGUUAUUACAGCGAGCGUCUGCUGAGGAGCGGGCUGCGUUCCCUUUAAAGGCUGACGCACUUCGUGGCCCACUUCGGAGAAAGCAUCCGCAGCCUCAGCCGCAGCAGCAGCAGCAGCAGCAGCAGCGGGGCCAGGGCGACGUCGGCGGCGCUUCGCUGGAGCCUCUCACCGUCCGCCAUCAUGGAGUUUCUGCUGGGGAAUCCGUUCAGCUCGCCGGUGGGCCAGCGGAUCGAGCGCGCCACUAACGCUAGCUUGUCAUCUGAAGACUGGGAACUCAACAUGGAAAUCUGUGACGCUGUCAACAGCUCCGAGGAAGGGCCCAGAGAUGCAGUGAGAGCCAUAAGGAAGAGGAUUGUUGCCAACAAGAACUUCAAGGAGAUCAUGUUGGCGCUUACUGUCCUCGAGACCUGCGUGAAGAACUGCGGCUACAGGUUUCACAUCCUGGUGACGACGCGGGACUUCAUCGAAGGGGUCCUGGUGCGCGCCAUCAUCCCGAGGAACAACCCUCCGCAGGCUCUGCAUGACCGAGUCCUCGCCAUCAUACAGGCGUGGGCCGACGCAUUCCGCAGCUCGCCCGACCUGACGGGCGUGGUGUCGGUGUAUGAAGACCUGCGAAGGAAGGGGCUGGAGUUCCCCGUGGCUCAGCUCGACGGUUACCUGCCAGGCCAAGCUCCCAAAAAGACUUUACCUGGGAACGGGCCUACUGUUACUACUUUACCUGCUGUGCGCCUGUCUUCUAAACCUCCUCUCAUCCCAGCUCACGUCUCUGAGCUCAAACUGGCGCUGGAGGGAACCGGCGCCUUCACUCCGAGCCAGGUAAAGAUGCUAAAGACAGAGCUGGGAGUCGUGCGAUGCAACCUGUCCACCAUGUCGGAGAUGAUGAGCCAGCUGGAUCCAGUCACAGUAAAGCUAGCAGACAUGGAGCUGCUGGAGUUGUACACUGUAUGUAAGGAAAUGCAAGACAGGAUCGUGAAGGUCAUCCCCAGACUCAGCGAGGAGAAGCUGAUCGAGGAGCUGCUAGCCACCAACGACGAAAUGAACACUGCCUUCACGCGCUACCACAGGUUUGAAAGAAGGCUAACGAAUGGUCAAAGCACAGAACAGAAGAGCCCCACCUAUGUGAACCUGUCAGACAUUGAUUCAACCAUCAGCCAAUCGGGGUUCGCUUCAGUUAAAAGCGACAGCUCCCUCAGUCUGUCCAAACCCGACAGUUUCUCCAGUCAGAUGGCUAAACUGAGUACAAGUGAAUCAGAUGACAUGUUAUCGCAGAAAAUAAAUGUCUCAAGUCAACAAAGAUUGAGUAAUAUGAAUGAAGUCACAGAAGACGGUCUGGCUAAAGGUCAGGACAGAAGCUCACAGAACGCUGGAUUGGAUGAGAGUCCAGCCUCGAGCCGCAGCUCUUCACCAAAGUUAGACUGGAUGAUUAAAAGGGGAAUGAUUCCCAUCAACCAGUCCAACGUCAUGGAUGAUAUAGAGAAAUGGCUAGCGUUGGAAGAUGAGUACGAUGACUGCGAAGACUCUGACGGUGUGACCAGCGAAGAGUUCGACAGGUUUUUGGCACAAAGAGCAAAAGCGGCUGAGCGCCUGCCGUCCCUGCGAGGCCCCUCACAGGACGCCAACUACUCCGAGUCUUAACCCAGGCGCCAACAAUGCUCACAGAGCACUGGUGCCAUUGGCUGGAACGUCGAGAAGUCAUCCCGAUGAAUGAAUGAAUGAGUGUGUGUGUGGGGGGUAUGAUGUGGAUAUUACAUUCCAUGCUCAAGGAACAACGUCGGACAUGUCUGCAAUACACUCGGCGCUGGAGAGCAAACUUGCCUGCGACUGGACGAAAACCAUGCUGUUGAAGGAAGGAGAGAUGUUUUUACUUGAUAACAUGAGGGUUUGUAUGUGAGCAAACUUUUGCACAUUUUAUAUGGUUAGAUUCCUGGCGUUAAAGGAAAAAAUAAAUAGUUACAAAGAAACACUUUGCAGGAUCUGUUAUGUAUUAUACUGCUGUGAAAUUUCUAUAUAUAAAUAUAUAUAUAACGGUAACAUGAAAGGUAACAACCCACUAUGGGGGGAAAAAAAGCCUGUAAACUUGUAAGUGAAGCUCUGAUGUAACAUACUGUUAUUGUUUUAAUGCUUCACCUCUAUGCUGUUGGACGUGGAAAAAAAUCCCAGGUUUUGUACCUCCAGUUUUUCCGCAUUAUGAUGUUUUAUUUUAAAUUUACAGAGGAAGUUGUGACAGAGCGCUGCCAGAUAUUAAACUAAAGCUAUUAACUGGA